AUGACCGUGACACCUAUCAACACCUGCGUCCUCGGGGUCGGUUUAGGCGGCUUGACUUUCCAUAUACCUUUCAUUCUCGCACUCCGAGACCUCUUCACCCUUCACUCUGUACUUGAGCGCAACCCAAGCACUCUUGGCGGUAAAGUUCACGAACGGUUCGGUGUAACCGCCAAAAUACACCGAUCCUUGGACGACGUAUUGGCCGACCCUGAGAUCGAACUAGUGAUCGUCGCGACUCCGAGCCACACCCAUUAUGAAUUUGCACAACGAAUCCUGGAAAGCGGCAAGCACGUCCUUGUAGACAAGCCCGUAACUGCGACAGCAGAGCAAGCUCGUGAGCUAGGACACCUAGCCAAGUCACAGAAUCUGGUCAUCUAUCCGUACCAGAACGCCCGGUGGAAUUCAGACUUCCUUGCUCUCAAGAAACUACUCGAGCUCCCAAGUUCUGAUCCUAGGUCAUUAGGGACAAUAGUCGAGUUUGAGGCCCAUUACGACCGGUAUCGAAGGGUGUUAAAGGGAACCUGGAAAGAUCACCCCCUUCCAGCCAAUGGCCAACUGUAUGACCUAGGGACCCACAUCAUUGAUCAAGCUCUCACCCUUUUCGGCCGCCCGCUGAGGCUGACAGCAUUCGUCCAAAAUGCAAGAGGUAUAGGACACCCGGAUGUAGACGAUACAUUCUCCGUGUAUAUGCAUUAUCCCGCGGUGACUGCUAUUCUUCGCGCUCAGAUCCUCUCCGUCCGUUCAACGCAGCUACGCUUUCUCGUCCGUGGGACAAAGGGUUCGUACACCAAAUACGGAGGGGACGUCCAGGAAAGCCAACUGAAGACGUUAAACGACCCAUACACUGAGAUCCACGCAGAAGGGUUUGGCAAGGAACCCGAAUCUCUUUGGGGUUUAGUAGAAACCAUCGGAGACGAUGACCAGAUCACUACAGAUAUCUGGCCAUCCACUGAUCCGGGAGCGUAUAUCGAUCUGUUUAAGAACCUUGCGGCCGUUAUUAGAGAUGGUGCGGCUCCUAAGAUCAAAUGGGAAGACGCAACGAAUGUGAUAGAGAUGGUAGAGCUUGCCCAUCAAAGCUCCAGAGAAGGUCGUACUCUCGAUGUUCCGAGCCAUGAAAUCCAGUAG